AUGACCGCUUGCCCGCCCGAAUACAUCUCGAUCACCAUGGACACCAUGGAAGCGCAAAUGCCAGAAGCUGGCGAAGAGGGACAGCCUGCGUCCCGCCUAGAGCUUCUUCCCCGAGAACUUCGAGACCGCAUCUACUUCUACCUCGGCUUCCCCGUUGCUCGCCGCUGCCUCCACUACUGCGACAAGCCGUGCACCGGCUACACUGAGUUCCGCGGAAAUGCGCAAUACGUGUACAGGCUCGAGAGGUCGAAGCUGCAGGCGCUUCUGCGGGUCGGACGACUCAGCCGACGCGAGUAUCGCGAGUGGGAGAAAGAGCAGGCUGCAAGGCUAGAUUUGCGCGAGAGCUUAGCCGAGUACAAAGAUGAGUGUCAACUUCUCCAUGCGGUCUCUGCGGCUUUGGGCGCGAGUCGCAUGUCGGGCAGGGAUGAAGACGGUAUCAAGCACUCCAACUUCCCUGCUCCCAAAUGCGGACUCUUCUUCGCGAACCGCUUCUUCUACGAUGACAUGUCUUCCUGUUUUCGGAUUGCUUCGACUAUCGAUCGGGAUCAACGGAAGCAAGCGCGGCUUCAGCGUAAGUUUCACGUUCCAUAG